CUCUCUGCAUCGGGUGGGUGGGGGGCGCCGGAGCCCAAGAGGAGCCCGCAAAGUUUGCAGCGCCGCCAGCCGGACGCCUCCCCAGCCGGGCCCGCCGCCAGCCGGAGCCCCCGCCGCGACGCCAGCCCGGCCCUAAUUUUUUUUAGGCGGCGCGGGGGGGUUGUUUGCUGCCAUCGGCCCCCCCUCCUCUCUUCCUCCCCCCCCAGGGGUGAAAGUGCAAGAGGAAGUGCAGCCGCUGCCAUCUUUCCUCCUCUCCAAACACACACCGAGGGAGGGGGACGCGCGGACGGCGCGCCGGCAGCCCCCGAAAACUUCGACGGCGGCCGCGGCAGCAGCGGCGGCCAGGAACAAAGCCGCCUCCGCCGCCGCCUCCUCCGCCGCCGCCAGCGCCUGCUCCUGGGCUGCAGCGCCUCGUGGCGGCCGCGAAGAGCGUGCAGGGCGCGGGGGGAGGCGCGGGAGUGCCGCCCGGCGGGGGCUUCCGCGGCUUGCUGCAGCCCGAGAGCGCUGCUCCGCGCGCGCCCCCUCCGCCGGCGCCUUUUGUUCGGCCGGCCGGCCGGCCUGCUUGCGCCCUUGCCUGCUUGGCAGCGCAGCUUUUGCGGGCUUGCGCCCAGCGCCGCCGCCGUCGGGGCCCGGGAGUCCCAGGCAGCCGGGCGCGCCAGGCGGAGCGCGUGCGACAUUCCCCUCCCUCCCGGCCUGCCCGCUCGUGCGCGCGCCCUCAGCCCCUUCUUCGACGGGAGCGCCGGGCCUAGGCAAGCGCGCCCCCUGCCGGCCGUCGCCGCGCAAGGCCAGCGGGCAGGUGAGGCCGGUCGCCAGCCCCGAUGGAGCGGGUCAACGAGGCGGCCGCUGCCGCAGCAGCCGCCGCCAACGCCGCUUGCGGCCCGUCCCCGCCGGGCUGCUACACGUACCAGGUGAGCCGGCACAGCGCCGACCUGCUGCACAGCCUGAACCAGCAGCGCAAGAACGGCGGGCGCUUCUGCGACGUGCUGCUGCGCGUGGGCGACGAGAGCUUCCCCGCGCACCGGGCCGUCCUGGCCGCCUGCAGCGAGUACUUCGAGUCGGUCUUCAGCGCCCAGGGCCUGGGCGGCGGCGGUGAGCCUGGGGCGGCGGCAGGGGCAGCAGGAGGCGCCGGGGCGCCCGACGGCGGGGGCGCUGCUGAGGCACCGGGGGCGCCUGGAGGGGGACCCCCUGGGGUGGGCCGCGAGCUGGAGAUGCACACCAUCAGCUCCAAGGUCUUCGGGGACAUCCUGGACUUCGCCUACACCUCGCGCAUCGUGGUGCGCCUGGAGAGCUUCCCCGAGCUCAUGACAGCCGCCAAGUUCCUCCUCAUGCGCUCUGUCAUCGACAUCUGCCAGGAGGUCAUCAAGCAGUCCAAUGUGCAGAUCCUGGUGCCCCCAGCCGCUCGGCCGGACAUCAUGCUUUUCCGCCCCGGGGCAACCGCCACCGACCUUGGCUUCCCCCUCGACAUGACCAACGGCGCUGGCCUGGCACCCAAUGGCAACGGGAUCGCCGGCAUGCCAGAAGAUGAGGCCACGCGGGCUGCCCUCUCUGCCGCCGCACAGUCCUUGCCAGUCCUCCAAGGUGUGGACCGCCUGCCCAUGGUUGCAGGUCCGCUGUCGCCACCGCUGCUGGCUUCACCUUUCCAGAACGUUGGCGCUGCCACCCCCUCGUUGAGCAGCAAAAGGGGAAGAGGGCGGCCCCGCAAAGCCAACCUGUUGGAUUCCAUGAUGUUCAGCACUCCCGGAGGGUUGAGGGACGCCGGCAUCCUUCCGUGCGGCCUCUGCGGCAAAGUAUUUACAGACGCCAACCGCCUUCGGCAGCACGAAGCUCAGCACGGGGUGACCAGCUUGCAGUUGGGCUACAUAGACAUCCCACCCCAAAGGCUCAGUGAAAACGGGGUGCCAGGUCUGGAUGACCCCGAGGCCCCCCGAAAGAGGAGCCGGACAAGGAAGCAGGUGGCUUGUGAGAUCUGUGGGAAGAUUUUUCGGGAUGUUUACCAUCUGAACCGACACAAAUUGUCACAUUCCGGCGAGAAGCCUUACUCCUGCCCAGUGUGCGGGUUGCGAUUCAAGAGGAAAGACAGGAUGUCCUAUCAUGUUCGGUCCCAUGACGGGUCUGUGGGGAAGCCUUAUAUUUGUCAGAGCUGCGGAAAGGGGUUCUCUAGGCCUGACCACUUGAAUGGGCACAUCAAGCAGGUGCACACGUCAGAGAGACCUCACAAGUGUCAGCAGGAAAAUGCAAGCCUCCAUGGGAUAAGCUCAGAGACAUCUACAUCCAUAGAGCAGUUGAAACUUCAAGAGACCUGCAACGCUUCCUUUGCCACCCGGGACCGGCUGCGCUCGCACCUCGCAUGCCAUGAAGACAAAGUUCCCUGCCAGGUCUGCGGAAAGUACUUGCGGGCAGCAUACAUGGCGGAUCACUUGAAGAAGCACAGCGAAGGACCAAGCAACUUUUGUACCAUCUGCAACAGAGGUUUCUCCUCUGCCUCCUACUUAAAGGUCCAUGUUAAAACCCACCACGGUGUUCCCCUUCCCCAGGUCUCCAGGCACCCGGAGCCCAUCCCGAAUGGGGGAGCAGCGUUCCACAGCGUCAGGACCUAUGGCAUCAAAGAAGGCCAGAAGUGCUCACAUUUGGGCCAGAUUGAGAGUUCGGAUUCCUACGGAGAUCUCUCCGACACCAGCGACCUCAAGACUCCUGAGAAACAGACCGCCAACGGUUCCUUCUCCUGUGACAUGGUGGUCGCAAAAAACAAAUUGGAGUCAGAGGGAGACAAGAAGUACCCCUGCCCUGAAUGUGGCAGCUUUUUCAGAUCCAAGUCCUAUCUCAACAAACACAUACAGAAAGUCCAUGUCCGCUCCCUGGGGGCCCCACUGGGGGACUUGGGCCCCGCGCUUGGCUCCCCUUUUUCACCCCAACAGAACAUGUCUCUCCUGGAAUCCUUUGGCUUUCAGAUUGUCCAGUCUGCCUUUGCCUCCUCCCUCGUGGAUCCAGAUGUGGACCAGCAAGCGAUGGGUCCAGAUGGAAAAUAAGGCCAUCUCGAACCUUAGCAAGGCAGCAGUCUCUUUUUAUGUACAACUAGAAGAUGGCUGUGGAUGAGAGGGGGGAGCUAACAAAAUCCAGUUGGGUAGCUGAGAGGGUUUUGGGGGUUCUUUAAAUUCCCUUUAGGUUUUUCCCCUUCCCCAUUCCCCUCUCCCCAUAAAUCUUCCUCUGUGCAGGGAAUGUAUGUUUGCCAGCUGACAAUGUGCAGGGUAUCUGCAUGACAAUGAACUGAUGACCUUUGGGGGCUGCAACGCAGGCAGAAUGAAUGGCCGAAUAGCAGAAGAAAGGAAGGGGGGGAAACACUGGUUUGAGAAUGUUAUGGAUCCCUUCUUGAUCCAGCAGAGAGCUAGAUCUCUGUCUGCCAUCUCUCUGCUUCACAGCCCUUCCAUAAGAUUUGCAUUUUAGCAUCACUGUCUGCACAUAAAACACACCCUGUGGUAUCUAGUCGAUAACGGUGCCCUUGUUCCUUUAAUAACUAAGAAACACCCUCCCAGAAACCAAGUUUUUCUUUUAAAAGUUGCUUCUUAGGAAGGCAGAAAGAAUUAUUUUUGAGAGGCAGAGCAUCAACGGGAGAUGCCUGGGACUCCAUCUGGCCCCACUCAAUUCAGAACCAGUCCUUAGGCACAAUCUGUCGCUGGGAUGUUCUCCUCCAGAAGCCCUCCUGCAAUGGAUGAGAGAGGCACAAGGGCACAGAACUGCUGAUACCCCUCUCCCAUCCCUUUCACUGGGGCUUGUGCAAGAGAACUUCCCCAUGCGAUGUGCCCUUCUGUUUCCCCCCUAAUCCUCCAAAACUUGCUCUUGGUUUUCUGUCUCUCUCUUAUGAUUAUUAUUCUCACAUUUAUGAUUUUAGGACCUGUUGUAGUGAUUUGCUACUGAGAAGCCUAUCCGAGGCAAUUAUACAGAGAGCUCUUAAAGCAGCAGUCAUGUUAGGGUUAGUAUUAACUACUUCUUUUUUUUAGAUGUAUCAUAAUUGAUAACUUGGCUAGUUGAUUGUUUUUAAGUCUAUGGAAUAAAAUAGUUAUGCAAAAUGGAAGAAAGAAAGAAGAGGUUUGAACAAUAACAGCAGUGUACACUUGGUUGGUUGAUGCUGGUUUGAUGCAUAAAGAUGCUGAAAUUGUAAAAUGAUUAGCACAGGGGUUCCCAACCUUGGAUCCUCACCUGUUGCUGGACUACAGUUCCCAUCAUCCGUGGGAGUUGUGGUCCAACAACAUCCAGGGAGCCAGGUUCAAGCACCCCUGGAUUAGCGAUAGGUUGAAAUUUUCUGUGCCACCAACCUGUUCAGUGCGACUAUAGGGUUCACAGAGUGAUUUUUUAAUAUUAUUAAUAAUAAUUGAAUUGGACUGCAUUAAAGAAGUUAGAAUGUUACUUUA